AUUAUACAGGCCAUGGUGUUAUACAGAUCACUUCUGCACUCAAGACUUUUGCGAUGUUGCUAAUCUUGGGACUUGUCAUGAUAUAUAUAACAAUUGUGCUGAUUUGUUGACUGAAGAAUACUGUGAUUCUGAUGAGGGUUUAUAUGGCUGCAAGAAAUCAUGUUCUUUGUGUACAUUGGGAGUGACAGAAAGAGCUUUCAUCAAUCCAAGUAUUGAUAUAGAAGAUCCCAAUGCUUAUACAAUCGACCCAAUCCCAGCUAGUGGAACCUAUAAAGAUGGAGACAAAGUCAGAUUUCUCUGUAGUGAGACAAAUGGGGAAGAAAUCACCAACCUACAAGUAUUUGGGUUUGACGAACGUGAAGCUUUGACAGACGGUACAUGGAGUGGAAGGAAAGUGAUAUGUGGAGUUUGUCCAGCUGGAUGGUAUGAAUUCAAUGGAAAUUGUUAUGCAGUAUUCACUGAGUCACUCAAUUUCUUGGAUGCAGCAGCUAAAUGUAAUGAUUUUAAUGCUGAUUUAGUUAGUCUUCUAAGCCAUGAAGAACAUGUCUAUGUGUAUGAAUUAGCAGAAAGCCAUGGAGUAAGUGAUCUUUGGAUAGGUCUAACAGAGGAUGUUGGCGAGUACAACACAUAUCCAAGAUUCAAGUGGUUGGAUGGGAAUCCAUCUGCAUACCUAAGGUGGUGGUAUCGUAAUAAGCCAAAUAAUGGAGGGAGUAACGGUAAUGAAGAUUGCACAGCCGUUCUUCAAAAUCAAAAACGUGGGAGAUAUUGGGAUGAUAAGAACUGCAAUACUACUAUGGGAUUUAUAUGCAAACGAAUGGCUGAGG